AUGGAAGCUAACAUCCAGUUCAUGAGAAUUAUCCAGGAAAUGCGAGCAGAGAUCAACAAGCUGGAGAAAGAGAAUCAAGUCCUUCGGAUGAAGCUGACUUCAAGUAGUCAGAGAACCCCAGGCCCCAGCAGAGAAUCAGGAGAUGAAAGGGAAGAGGAAGUCACAUACCUUGGUAACCUUGAAAAAGCAUCUGAAAAAUCUCCUGCAACUCUUCACGGUGGUGCUUCCACUGGGGCAGCUCCAGCUGUGCACGAACACCAAGACAAUGUCAUGAUUGUUAGACGCUAUUCCAUUUCCUCACCUAUUCAUUCAUUUACUGCAAAGGAUCCUCGGAAAGGUGGGGAAAGACACCCCAAGAGUGGGAUUCUAGAAGCUCAGAGAAGAGUUAAAUCACUGGCAUGUUCUUCAGUUAAGAAGCAAGACAAUGAAGAAGAGAUGUUUGUAGCAGAUUCUUUGACCAGCACGAGUUCCAACCAAAGAGCUUCUCCUGAGCAUGUUUUUGGUCAGGUAACCAGGGACAAGAUAAAGACAGUCAGUUUCCUGUUACCCAUGGAUGUGUCUUCAUAUUCCAGAAAUUCAAGUUCUUUGAAAUGUUCACCAAAUCAAACCAAAAACCAGCUAAGUACCAUCACAGAAUAG